CAUCGUUUCAAAUAUCAUCUUUCUUAAAAUUCAAAAUGCAUUGUUUGGAACUACUUUUAGUCAGCGCAUGAACCGUACGAGAUUUAAAUCAGUGAUCCGGAUUAGGGUACCCUCCAAGAUGGCGGUAACGUUCAAGUUUCCCCGUGUCUUCGGCCUGAUUUUCGUCUUAUUACUCCUAAAUGGGGUACAUGUUAGAGCAGAAGACGAGGCACAAGAGGAGAAAGCUGAAGUACCAGAAGAGACAGAGGAUGAGGGAGUGGAGUAUGAUGGAGAGGAGGUUGAUGAUGAAGAUGAUGAUGUUGACGUGGAAGAAGACAAUGGGGUUCUGGUUCUGACAGAUGAAAACUUUGACGAUGUCGUGCCUGACAAAGACAUCAUCUUGGUGGAGUUCUAUGCACCCUGGUGUGGUCACUGUAAGAGUCUCGCCCCUGAGUAUGAGAAAGCAGCUCAGACCCUGAAGGCAGCUGACCCCCCGGUGCCUCUGGCUAAGGUGGAUGCUACAGUACAUACAGGACUGGGCAGUCGGUUCUCUAUCUCUGGCUACCCCACACUCAAGAUUUUCAGGAAAGGGGAAGCAUUCGACUAUGAUGGGCCCAGGCAAGAAAAAGGUAUUGUAGACUACAUGAAGGAACAGUCUGACCCUAACUGGGAACCUCCACCUGAAGCUGUGGUCACUCUGACAGAGGAGAACUUUGAUGAGUUUGUUAAUGAAAAUGCCAUCACUUUGGUGGAGUUCUAUGCACCAUGGUGUGGCCACUGUAAGAAGCUGGCACCCGAGUUUGAGAAAGCUGCCCAGUUUCUGAAGGACCAAGACCCUCCCAUCCUCCUUGGCAAGGUGGACGCAACCCAAGAGACUGAUUUGGGGAAACGGUUUGACGUGUCAGGAUACCCCACCCUUAAAAUCUUCAGGAAGGGGCAGGCAUAUGAUUACAAGGGGCCUAGAGAGGAGAGAGGUAUCAUCUCUCACAUGAUCGACCAAUCAGGGCCCAGUUCAGAAGAGUACAAGAAUCUAAAGGCACUGAAAAACUUUGUCACGACUGAUGCUGUCAUCGUGGGCUUCUUUGAAAACGACCAGGAUCCACUCUUCAAAACCUACCUGGACUCAGGUAAUGAUUUGCGAGAAGCCUACGAGUUUGGCCACACGUUUGACGCAGAGACCCGAGCCUUCUACAAGGUCAACCCUGGAUCAGUCGCCAUCAUACAGCCAGAGAAGUUCCAGUCCAAGUACGAGCCUAAAAUCAGGAUCUUUGACAAGGCUGAUGCCACAGUUCAGGAUCUCCAGGACUGGUACAAGGACAACAUCCGGCCACUGGUGGGAGAACUGACCACUCUGAAUGAGAACAGGCGGUACGGGGAGGCUCGGCCACUGGUGGUGGUUUUCUACGAUGUGGACUUCAGCUUUGAGUACAAAGAAGCUACUCAGAUCUGGAGGCGGAAGGUCCUGGAGGUUGCUAAGGACCACCGUGACCUGACCUUCGCCAUCGCUAAGGAGGACCAUCACCAGAGCAAGCUGAAGGAGCUGGAGCUGGACGACAGCGGAGAGGAGGUCAAUGUCGGGAUCUACGACAAGAACAAGAAGUACCGCAUGGAGCCGGACGAGUUCAGUGAAGAUGUGCUGAGGGAGUUUGUGGAGGCUUUCAAAAAUGGUGAGGUGAAACCUGUAAUCAAAUCUCAACCCGUCCCCAAGAAGCAAGGUGCCGUCACCACUGUGGUCGGCAAGAACUUCGAAAAAGUCGUCAUGGACAAGUCCAAAGAUGUCCUGAUCGAGUUUUACGCUCCUUGGUGCGGCCACUGCAAGAAACUCGAGCCCGCUUACAAGGAACUCGGAAAGAAAUACAAAAACUCAAAAGAUCUGGUCAUUGCAAAGAUGGACGCCACGGCAAAUGACGUACCGGUCGAUGCCUUUGAAGUACAGGGGUUCCCUACCAUUUACUUUGCAAAGAAAAACGAUAAAAAGAAUCCAAUGAAGUUUGAUGGGAAUAGAGAUUUAGAUGGGUUCGUGAAAUUCCUAGAGGAACAUGCGACCGUUUCUCUAGGAAUGGCAAAAGAAGAGUUGUAGAAGCUACUAUUUAGCUGACAGUAGCAGACACAGUACUGGUGAACAUGUUGCAAUAUGAGGUGUGCAGGCUUUGAGUCAGACAUUUUGGAAUUUCAGUUAAAAAUUGAUCUUUUAAAUUUCAUUGAAAUUUUCCCUUUUCAUUUGUGGACAUUAGCUAGGUGUCACCAAAGAUGUUAUCUUCCUGUCUUUACUUUUUAUUUGCAUGCCAACUGUUAGAUGAUACGCUUUCUUUUGACCACAGCAAACUUAAGCAUUCCAGUGCUGGUUAGUUUGAACAUUUGUAUGUAUAUUUGGAAAUGUAUGACAGUCUUAUGUUAUACUAAUAUAGUUUGGGCUUCUUGGUGCAUAACCCCUAUAGAUGCUUUAUGUAAGAAAAGUCACAGUAUCCUCAUAUGAACAGCUUUUGUUUUUAUAGAUGUAUCAAACUACCAAUUCUUGAUACAAUGGAAGAGAUGAAGCCAUCAGCAGAUGAUAGAAAUCCUUUAAAAGUUUCCAAAAUAGAAGUGUAUUUUUCCUUCAAGCAGCUACUUAGGUACAGCUUUGGUGAUUUGUUUGGUAUUAAGGGCCAUGAAUAUCUUUUUGUUUGUAUGAAUGAAAAUUGAACCACUUCUACUUUUAGCACAGUAUUUUGAGAGUUAUGUUACAACAGUACAAGUUGUAGUGGUUGACUGACAUGGAUUCAAUGGGAAUAAAGGAAGCUGCUAAGCAGGAUUUCUUUC